ACGUCCAAUUACUAGUUUCCAAACACGGAAGUGCGCCGUUCUUUAAUGUAGCUUGUGGAUGAUGGAGACGGUACGCUACUGAGGUUAGUAAAUGAUAAAUAAGUACAGGAAAAUACUUUUGAGUUUAACAGUCGACCUGUCGAGUGCUUCAAAACAGUUUACAACAGAAUGAUCGACGACUUCGAGAAGCAGGAGGUUCGCACCAGUGGGGAACUCUGGUCCCAAAUUUGUGGUCCUGAGACGGACACGUCCUCAGACCACAACACUGACUUUCAAGACUCUUUCCAGCCGGCAGCACACGUCCAUGGUCAGUGGAAUGGGACCAGCAACCCCAGUUCGAGCAGUACUACAUGGGAACCCAUGGAGGAUUCUGAGACCUACAUUGCCAAUUUAGAGAACCGACUGAAGAAGCUGAAGGGUCAGUCGAGUGAAGUCACCUCCAGGGACAUGCUGCGCUCUUUGUCUCAAGCCAAGAAGGAAUGCUGGGAUAGGUUCCUGCACGACGCAGAGACCUCAGAGCUAUUUCAAAGCGGCGACAUGGAUGAGAGCGCCCUGGAACACUUCAAGAGGUGGUUGGUCCCAGAAAAGGUGGCUAUCAGUGCAGAGGAGCUGGAGUUUCUGCUGAGGCCGUCUCAGACGAAGGAGCCCACGCAGGUAGAGCUGCAUCAGCAAGAGAGGGAAGAGGAGGAGGAAGAGCGCCACCAUGUUGAGGAAGAUGAACCUCAGUACCCUGAGAAAUAAGACACUAACAAUAUUAGUUAUUUUACGUCUUUGGUCUGUGAAAUUAUUUCACUUUUUUUACACCACUAGUUAUUUAGGUCCACCAUGAAUAUGUAGUAUAAUGUUGUAAAAAGUUUCGUCAUCAUGAUACAAUAAAAUGUGUUUGUUUAUACCAGGGGUCGGGAACCUUUUUGGCUGAGAAAGCCAUUAAAGCCAAAUAUUUUAAAGUGUAUUACCGUGAGAGCCAUAUAAUAUUUAACAGUGGAAAAAAAAAAAAAAAAAAAAUGUAUGCAUUUUUAAGUAAGACCAACAUUUUUAGAGUAUAAUAAGUCUUAUUUUUGUUUUAUAACAUUUUUAUUCUGAAGCUAACCAAUAAUAAAUAAAAUACUUCAUACCAUUGAUGCGACUUCUUGAGCAGGUGUGGUAGAAAACGGAUGGAUGGAUUAAAAUUCAUGAGAAUGUUUUAUAUUUCUAACGUUAUUUUUAAUACCGAUUACCAGCGGAAUUAGAGAAAAAAAUGUGUCUGAAGGCCGGUUUAUCUGAUUUUUAGGAACACUAAUACAAAAACUCACAAUGUCUAAUUGAAUGCUAAAAACGUUAUGAGAGGCUGUCUUAAAAAAACAGAAUGGUAUUUUACAUUUUUUUUACUGAACGAGACACCCAGAAUAUACAUGAAAACAAAGCAUGUGGGUUUUAGAAUAUAAACUAUGAACGAUAAAACACUGACUAUUGACAACAUAUGAACGUCACACCACCUCUCGAUCGACAUAUUUUACAAUCAAACAAUGCAACAAACACAGCGAAAUAUGAAAGUGAAGGGUAAAAAAAACACAAUCUGAUACAUCACUAAGCUUUAGAACUUUGUUGUAAAAAUGUCUGUCCCUGACACCCGCAUUUCAGGUUGACUGCUCUGGAAACACUCUGUGGAAACGCUUACCACCCACACUGCUUGGUGCCUCGUCUGAGCUGCCGUGACUUACAUUACCACAGUAACAAAUUAGAUUAGCAUAGUAACUAAUUAGAUUACCAUAGUAACUAGUGUAUCAUGCAAAAGAACAGAUUUCAACCAUUGAAAUACUUUGUAUAGUUCAAGACUCACGGUAAUUUGAAAACAUCACUGCACACCAUAAUGGCAGCUAUAAUUUCCAUAUUGAAGAUCUAAAAAAAUUAUUUGGGAAUGUCCGGCGGGCCUGAUUGAAAAGCAUAACGGGCCGCAGGUCUGGCGUUAAGCAAUGUCAGCUGAGAUGUAUCUGAGAGCCAGAUGCAGUCAUCCAAAGAGCCACAUCUGGCUCUAGAGCCAUAGGUUCCCGACCCCUGGUUUAUACCUUCAUUCCUUUUCUAUACCUGAUUGGGUUCAGGGUGACCUCAAGCCAGAGCGUAUCCCAGCAAGGCUUGGUACACCUUUGACUGGUCGCCUGCCAAUCACAGGGAACAUACAGACUAACAAACAUCCAAAUACAAUCAAACCUUAUUUAUAUAGCACUUUUCAUACACAGCCUAAUGGCAAACAAAGUGCUGUCCGGGAAAAAAAAGAAAACCUACACACAUUCACACAAACACUGUUGAUAAAGCAAAAACUAAAUAUGGCAUGGCACUGAGGAUUUGAGGAAAAAUUUUAGCAUUGAAGCAUCUACACAUCUAAGUUUAGUAUAUACAUUUAUAUAAAAAAAGUAAAUAUUAAGUUAAUAAAAGCAAAGGAGAUAAAAGUAAUAAAGAGACGAAAUAAAACAGUUUAUGAUGAUCAGUAAAA